UGUAGGUUAUAGUCCCGAGCCAGGAGAAAGCAAGGCGAUGUCCAGUUGGUUGCUAAACCAGGCAGAUAUGGUGGAGAAGAUGCAAGGAUGUGGAGAGGCAAUGACAGUAACACUGGAUGCUAAAGAUUACCAUGAAGUCUCCAGUGAGCCUAUUUUGACUGCUUUGGGAAAGCUAAGGGACUCUCUCCACAAGCUGAUGUCUGAGAACAGUGCACAAAACCCAAAGGCAGCUUGCUCUGACGACGACAAAAGUGAUGAGAGCCAUGGACCUGAAACAUUUAAAAGGGUUAGAAAAAGUAAAGAACAGAACAGUCCAUGUUCUGACCUAAAAGAAGCUCUGAAGUCCACAGAGCCCGAUACUUCAAAACAAGAUGAUCCUGCUCAGACUUCAAAGGAUUUGUGGACUUACCUCACAAGUUCUACUCGAAAAGAGCCAGUAAUCGGUUUAAGUAUGAUCACAGAAUACCGUAAUCAAAAUGGUCAGAACUCCUUUCUGUGCUCCUGCUGCAAAGUAAUCCUUUCUACUUCCAAAUACCCGGGCCACCUGAUUAGCCCUCGCCACCGCUUCAACUACAUUAAAAUUAAGUACCCAGAUUUUGUGGCUCACUGGAAAGCUGAGAUCAGCUUGACUGACAAUAUUAAAGAGCUCCAAAAGAAGGCACAGGUUGUGCAGGACACAGAGGGCUGGGGAUGCCUCAAGAUUGUAGAAAAAGAAAAUAAGCAGCCUCAAAAAAGGAGCCAAGAGCCAUCAGAAGAUACUGAAAAUGCGACUUUAGCCAAGUUGAAGAAACAGGAGCCAUCGAACACCAGUGAUGCUGAGAAAUCAGCCCCAAACCUGGAGCUGCCCCAAAUUGGCGGUGGCGCUGAACCACAAGAUCAAAAAAACAGUGAGCCAAAACUUAAGAAACAGCAGCAGAAGAAAUUUACCAAACGCAAUGCUGUGAUUGGAUUGAAUUUUGUCACGUGUGUGCAUCAUGGCAAAAAGAAGCUGUUCUUCUGUGAACUCUGCUCUGUCCGAGGUGAUUUUGACCACAUGUCUAGUGUCAUCCACAGGAAAACCUAUGUGAAACAUAAAUAUCCUGAUUGGAAUGCAAGCAGCCCAAACAUGGAGAAGAAGCUACAUAAAAUAUCUUUGCGUUUAGCAGCAGUGGAGAGAAGCACUGGAAGAGGAAUGAAGAAACUGAAUGUCACUGCUAAUGUCUUCAUAGCCUUGAGUACUGCUCCCCUCAAUGAAGCUUUGAGUCAGCUAAAAUUGCUGCAGACCAAGCCAGAAGAUGGAGUAGAACACAAUGAACCUAGCACUUUCUCGGACCAUGAACAAGGUACAUGCAACAAUUCUGUGGAUCAUUUGAAAAGUUCUGCUACAACUGCCAACUCUUUGCAGCAGGAUGAAUCCGUGCUGCUGGGGAAUCAUGUCAUUCCAGCUCCUGUGUAUGAACCCAUAUCACCUCCACCUGCAUCAGACUGCAAGAGCGUACCCAGUGUUACUCCUCUGUAUUCAUCUACCCAUCUAACUUUUCUCAAACUGAGUAAUAACCUGAAAUGGAAAGAACCUUCAGAUGCUGCUCAUCAUGAGACAGGCCCAGGUGCCGAUUCUGGAGGAGCGGGUGGAUUGCAACAUAGUCCAUCAGCAUUCCCUUGCUCUCCACUGUGUGGACACUUCACAUGUUGCCAGUCCAUCCUGAAGGAGGAAAACAGUCUUCCACUUGAUAAUGCACCAUCAAAAACAUACUGUUUUCCAAACCUACCCACAGUGGUGGGACAGAGUAAUGCCUCCAUAUUUCUCGGUGUGAAGGGCCUCUUUAACAAGGAUCCUAUUAUAGGUCUGGCUAAUAUAUUGGAGUGCCAAGCAAUUUUACAGCCAACAUUUUUCCUGUGUCUUAACUGUGCUGAGAAAGUUAGCAGAGAGAAUUUUUGUCAUCAUAUGACCAGUGAACGACACAUUCACUUGACCAUCAGAACUCAGUAUCAUGAGAUAUUUCAGCGGUGGCAGAUGACUCCUCACGUGACCAUCCGUGAUUUUGCUGAGAAACUGGCAUUGACAGAGAAGGGAUUAGAUGCCAAGGUCAUCAAGUUGACCAAAACGCAGUACGAGUCUCUGUGUUCGGCAGACUUCAAUGAUGCAAUCGUAAUACUACAGAGGAUGUAUGGACCACGUCUGGACAAGAGCUCCCUGCCAUCACACCUUGGAGUCCAGAAUCAGGAAAAUCAUGAAAUCUCUACAGUGAGGUUAGCAGCAAGGUCUGUGGAAGCUGCAAAAGAAAGAGAAAAUCAGUCACAACAAAGCUGUGACAAAACAACACAAAACCAGGAACAUCACAGUGUUCAUGUACCACUCAAAGAAUUUAAUCAUGCCCUGGGAAACCUUGGUAGCAAAACUACAACGUGCACCAGCACAGACAAUCAUCCGCAAACUGAGAGUCAAAACCCUCCACAAACCUUGCCAGAGAGUGAUGCCCAAACAGCAAAGCCCCAGCAUCAGGUUGUGGUACAAAUCGAUCUGACUGCUGAGUCUGACGACAGUAUGACAAAAUUGUCAAUCCACACUCCCAAGCAAAUCACAGAAAGAGCAAAAGAAAAACAUGUUAAAGAUUGCUCAAAUUCAACUGCCUUAGAAACUCCACAGACAGCUGCAGUAGAUGUACAGGAAAGUCGGCCAGCUCCCAUGUUUCCUUGUACAGCCACAAUAAAACAGGAGAAAACUGGUCAUGAUGAGGGUUCUUGUGGAGAUGAUAUCCCUCUGACUUUGGAAGCAAAUAGUUCUAAAGACCCUACAGGGAAUAUCUUCAAACACAGUGACUUGAGGUAUAGCAAUAAAAAUAGAACAGAGGCAGAUGCUGUGGUUGGUCUGAGUGCAAUGAUUGAAUGCAGAUGUGAGGGUAAGGCUUCACUGUACUUGUGUGUUUCCUGCUCCAGAAAACUCAACCAUGACCUCUUCAGAUACCACCUGUUAAAGUAUCGUCACAGAUACAGUUACCUGAAAAAACGUUACCCAUCAUUGUUUGAGGACUGGUCUGAUUCGGAUAGUAUACCUGAUUGGUCUAUGAGGCUCAUGAGGCUUGCUCACAAAGUGGAGAUGACUAAUGAGGAUGAGCCCGGUCAGUUACAGGUGAUGAAACUGAACUGUAAUGAAUACAAUGAAAUAAAAGCUAUGUCUUAUGACAAAGCCAUCACACAUUUGCAGAAAAUCAGAAAAGAACAGAACCUCUGUGGUCUCCAAACUUGCAUUUCUCCCAAGAUCACAGAAAAACUGAUAAAACAGGAGAGGAUGGAAACAGACGUGACAACCCCAUAUUCAUCACAGCUUCCUGAAUUGAUUGCACAGGAAUCAGGGAGAGCUUUUAAGCGAAGGGCCGUUGAACAAGAUUUACCUCGUCAGUCCUUUCCAGGGCAGAAACAAGCCUCUAAUGUCCCAUUCAACCAUAUGAACCAAUCUCCUCCUGUAGGGAAUAACCCGGAACCAUCAGAUUGCCCUGCUAAGCGAAGCAAGAUCUCGGGCAAUGAUACAGAUAGUGUUGCACAGGUCCAGACAGAAUCUUCUAAUUCAACCACAAUCAACGCAAAUUUUACACCAGUCAUAGUGACAGAGACAUCUAGAAGUUCUCCUCAAAGUUUUGACCCAAGUUCUAUGACUUAUAAUGGAACAGGUUCCGUGGACAAAACUGUGCUUAAAAACAGUGACGGGAAAGAAUCUUCAUUAUCCAUUAUUGCACCACAGCAAAAGGACUCCUGUCCUGACGCUAGUACUAUUAAUGCUAUUGGUCCCACAAAAGGCCUGGAAAUUGCUCGGCUGUCUGAAAAAAGACCUUUGGCGAAAAAGAGCUUAAGUGAAAAUGCAUGGAAUUAUGAAAAUAGACAGUUUAGCCCUGAAAAAAACAGCAUGACUAAUACAAACCCAAUGCCUGAUAGUUCUACCGAGAUGGUUGCUAUGAAGAAGCAAUGCAUUCCAUAUUCAGUGCACAAUUACAAUCAAGCACUCAAUCCUCACUAUAACUGGCAGAUUCCUAGUAAAAAUCCAGACCCCAAUCUUACAAAUUUGCACCUUUCAGUGGUCUCCGGAUAUGGCACACCAACCUCUGCCACCAGUCAAAUGACACCUGAGUAUGUAGUAUCUCCUCUGUAUCCCAUGUAUAUGCAUUCUGGUUACCCUUCAGUGUCUAACACAAUGGCACCUGAGUAUUUAGGGCCAGUAGAACAAAAGGCCAUUAAUUAUCAAUCAGCUGCCUCAUGUAUUUCUACAAAUGGUACAAACUCAGCGAAUACAAACUCUGCUCAAACACUGCACACAGUUGAUCAGGCUCAACAGGUUUACCAGCAAAUUCAGUCAAUCCAGGACCCAGCAACUUGUCAAGCCUACUAUGCUUGGUAUUCUUACAAUCAGACCCUUCACUCUAACCAAGCAGCAGACAAUGGAAAUGCCACUUCCACACCAACGUUCGAACAUGGCGUUUACCCACUGUUUAGCUGGCUACAAAAGAAGAACUAAAGAAGAAACUGCCAAAGUACUUUGCAGAUGCCGGUGCAAUCAAAGAUGAAGGGCCAGAACAAUAAGCAUUAAUCUUUUAUUUACAACUUUCAAGUCAAUACAAAACAACUUGUAUUUUUGUUGAAUACAUUUUCCUGAACAGCUGUUUUACGACCGGGUGAUUAAAAGUUUAAUGAUUUAAGUGUGAUAGUUUGCAAAAUGCAGUUUAAUGGUCUUUUAUUGGCCAUAUGGGCUGUUGUCUUUAAAGUUUUAUUAAAGAGAAGGCCACUUUGAUUUUAUUAAACAGUUUUACCUGGAUUGUUAUAAAUUUAUAUUAUUUUCAAAUUUUGAAUGUAUUUGUGGAAACUGAGAUGAUUAUUUUUCUCUAUUUUGUUUUUGUAUUUUAUUUCUGCAGAUACUUUUUGCAAAAUAAAAGUUCAAAAAUGUUCAGGAAUUUUAACAAUUUCUUAUUUGGUGCAUUGUAAGUCUACAUUUGUAUGCAUGUGAAGAAGAAAAAAAAGGAAUGUGGUCUGUUAAGUCUAGAGUUGACCCUAUUGCAGAGUGAUGGGUGUUUCAGUUUAAGAAGGGAAGCAUACCCAUCAUGGAGGCAGUGUUAUGAUCUGGCGUUGCUUCAGUACGUCAGGUCUAGGCUCAGCAACAUUAUGUGGAAAUAAAA